AUGUAUGACGGUUAUCUCCCACCCACAAAAAACGGCGUGGAGCCGAAGCGCCCCAGCCGCCCCGUCAACAUCACUCCACUGGCACGGCUGUCGGCCACUGUCCCCAACACCAUCGUCGUGAACUGGUCCUCAGAGUUUGGCAGGAAUUACUCGCUGUCGGUGUACCUGGUGAAGCAGCUGACGUCGGUGACGCUGCUGCAGAAGCUGAGAGCCAAGGGCAUCCGAAAUCCGGACCAUUCACGAGCCCUGAUCAAGGAGAAGCUGACAGCCGAUCCCGACAGCGAGAUAGCUACGACGAGCCUCCGAGUUUCCCUCAUGUGUCCUCUGGGCAAGAUGAGGCUGAUCGUGCCCUGCCGCGCCAUCACCUGCAGCCACCUCCAGUGCUUCGACGCCGCGCUCUACCUGCAGAUGAACGAGAAGAAACCCACCUGGACCUGCCCUGUGUGCGACAAGAAAGCGCCCUACGACAGCCUGAUAAUCGACGGGUUGUUCAUGGAGAUCCUCAACUCCUGCACGGACUGCGACGAGAUCCAGUUCAUGGAGGACGGCUCCUGGUGCCCCAUGAAGCCCAAGAAGGAGAAGCAGGAGCUGUGCCAGGCGCCUGCGUUCAGUGGGAUCGAGGCCAGUGCCCUUUACACUGUCAGCUCCGAGGGCAAGAGCUCUUCGGAAGGCAAGAAGCCCGUGGAGGUGAUCGACCUGACACUGGACAUUGAGGGGGAGCCGCCUGCCAAGAAGCAGUGCUUGGUCUCCAGCGCGGCUCUGCCGGCAGCGGCUGGGCCCAAGGGGGCAUUAAGUAUUGAUCACCAGCCGUCCUCUGUGCUUCGCAGCCCUGCCAUGGCAGCUCUCAGCAGCGAUUACCUCUCCAGCCUCCCCAUCCCUGACUACCAUCCUUCCUACCCCGUGUCCUCCGAGCUUCAAGGCCUGGAUUUGUUUUCCUUCCUUCAAAGUGAAAAUCAGCAUUACAGCCCGUCCGUCAUCACCUCCCUGGACGAGCAGGACGCGCUCGGCCGCUUCUUCCAGUACCGAGGCGCCUCCAGCCACUUCCUCAGUGUCGCCCCCCUGUCCCCGGCCGUGGGGGGGUCCCACGGCGCCCGCGUCAGCAGCGUCGUCACCGCCAGGGACAGCCCC